AUGCUGUCUCGCACAGUAUCUAUGAAAUGUGUCCGGGAGUUUUGUCAGGUUACAGGCACGGAUGAAGAAACUGCUCGCUCAUUUCUGUCAGCUUGUAAUGAUGAUUUGGAUUUAGCUGUGAGUCUAUAUAUGGAUGACCCUAGUAGAGUUCCAUCUCACAGUACUACAGAGGAAUAUCGUGCCCCCAUCCCUCAAAGAAAUGAGCAGCUACUGCCUGCAGUUGUGCCACUUCUGCCUACUCAUUUGCAAAACCCAGCUCCACUUCAAAAGCGUCGACGAGCAUUCGUGGCCGAUGAUUCCGAUGACAGUUCAGGCGAUGAUGUUAUCCUGACAAGUGGUGAGCGUUCAUCGAAACCACGAUACGAGCCUAAUUCAUCAUCAUCAAAUACAGAAGGCGUUAGCUCUGGUUCAUCUUCAGUCGCUCGUUCAUGUGGUCAUGUCAAUGGAGCAAAGGAUGAUACAACACAAAAGAAAAAGAGACACCUACAGCAACUUUAUCAACCUCCUGUUGAAUUAUUGUUCAGUGGAUCGUUAAAUGCUGCUGCAAUAGCUGCUCAAGAGAAACAUCAAUGGUUGCUUGUUAGUGUCCACGAUGAAGGGUGUUUUGAGUGUCAUUUGUUAAACCGUGAUGUUUGGAAGGAUCCAAAAGUCUAUCAGCUGGUCAAAUACCACUGUACAUUCCUCCAAAUUCCUGUGGAUAGUCCUGAAGGCUUACGUUUUCGUUCUAGUUAUUCAUAUGUUCAGUCUGCAUCUCAUAUAGCUGUACUGAAUCCGUUUACGCGGGAGCAAAAAAUGAUGUGGACACAUUUAAAUGAUCCCAGGAUUGUAUAUGAUGUUUUAUCCGAGUUUAUGAAACAUUGUGUGCUGAUUAAUCCUACUAAUGUCAAUGGUCAUGAAAAUAUCAGCACUUCUACAUCUAUUGAUGAUUCACCAUUUCCACAAAGUUUACGAAGACCAACAACAGACACAGCUAUUAAUCAUUAUGACGCAAAAAGACCACGUCUACACAGGAUCGCAACAAACAAUUGUUAUUCGACAGGCUCAGAGUAUAUUGAUUCAUCAUCAGAAGGCGGUCAUUCAUCACAAAUAACGUCUAUCUCUAAUGCAUUAGAUUUAACUGAAGAAGAACAACUCCAAUUGGCUAUAGAAGCAUCAAAAAAGGAAGCGAAUAAGCAAUUGAAUAGCUCUCAGAAUUCGUUCACCACAGAUAGUGAGAUAGCUAUCACAGAUAACGAAGAAGAAGUAGUUGACGCCGACAACUGCCACACUAGUUUAGGCGAAGCUUCAGAUCCUGAUAUUGACCGAAGCAGAGUUCAUGAUAGUGAUUUGGAGGAAGACUGUAUCCUUGUUGAUUCUAACGGGACAAGUAGCUCUUCAUUUGUUUCUUCAACUACAGCAACUAUAACAGCAAGAAGACCUCUGAGACCUGAGAAAUCACUUAAUGAAUCUAUAUCAAAUUGCAGCAUAACAUCUAAUGUUUUGCGUGAAUUACCGUCUCCUGCAGCUGAUGAACUAGUAUUUGAAUUGCUUAUCCGUUUACCUGAUGGUACUCGGGAGAUUUAUCGACUUCCACCUACUCUCAAGUUACAGGAUCUUCAUUCAUAUUUCAAAUAUCGUGGCUAUCCAACAGAUCGAUAUGAAGUUGUUCGCAUUCAUCCUUAUCUGUGUCUUUCAGCCAUGCCACAAUCAAUUUCGUUAGCUGUUGCUGGUUUACGCACAAAAGAUACCUUGUUUAUUCAAGAGCGUUGA